AUGGCAGCUGUGACGAUGUCGGUGCCAGGCCGGAAGGUGCCCCCCAGGCCGGGCCCGGUGCCCGAGGCUGCCCAGCCGUACCUGUUCACGGCCCGCGGGCCGAGCGGGGCAGGUGGCCCCGGGGUGGCGGGCACCUCGCCGCAGGUGGAGUGGACGGCCCGGCGCCUGGUGUGGGUGCCCUCGGAGCUACACGGGUUCGAGGCUGCGGCGCUGCGGGACGAAGGCGAGGAGGAGGCCGAAGUGGAGCUGGCGGAGAGCGGCCGGCGGCUGCGGCUUCCGCGGGACCAGAUCCAGCGCAUGAACCCGCCCAAGUUCAGCAAGGCCGAGGACAUGGCCGAGCUGACCUGCCUCAACGAGGCCUCGGUCCUGCACAACCUGCGCGAGCGCUACUACUCCGGCCUCAUCUACACGUACUCCGGCCUCUUCUGUGUGGUCAUCAACCCGUACAAGCAGCUUCCCAUCUACACGGAGGCCAUCAUCGAGAUGUACCGGGGUAAGAAGCGCCACGAGGUGCCGCCGCACGUCUACGCCGUGACCGAGGGCGCCUACCGCAGCAUGCUGCAGGAUCGUGAGGAUCAGUCUAUUCUGUGCACCGGGGAGUCUGGAGCUGGGAAGACUGAAAACACCAAGAAGGUCAUCCAGUACCUCGCCCACGUGGCGUCAUCCCCGAAGGGCCGGAAGGAGCCGGGGGUCCCUACCUCCGCCAGCACCAUGUCUUAUGGCGAGUUAGAGCGGCAGCUUCUUCAAGCCAAUCCCAUCCUGGAGGCCUUUGGCAACGCGAAGACGGUCAAGAACGACAACUCUUCUCGAUUUGGGAAAUUCAUUCGCAUCAACUUUGACGUUGCUGGCUACAUCGUGGGCGCCAACAUCGAGACCUACCUGCUGGAGAAGUCACGCGCCAUCCGCCAGGCCAAGGACGAGUGCAGCUUCCACAUCUUCUACCAGCUGCUAGGGGGCGCUGAAGAGCAACUCAAGGCCGACCUCCUGCUGGAGCCGUGUUCCCACUACCGCUUCCUGACCAACGGGCCGUCAUCGUCCCCCGGCCAGGAGCGGGAGCUCUUCCAUGAGACGCUGGAGUCCCUGCGGGUCCUGGGCUUCAGCCACGAGGAAAUCACCUCAAUGUUGCGGAUGGUCUCGGCAGUUCUCCAGUUCGGCAACAUCGUCCUGAAGAAGGAACGGAACACUGACCAGGCCACCAUGCCCGACAACACAGCCGCACAAAAGCUCUGCCGGCUCCUGGGCCUGGGGGUGACAGACUUCUCCCGGGCCCUGCUGACCCCUCGCAUCAAGGUGGGCCGGGACUACGUGCAGAAGGCCCAGUCCAAGGAGCAGGCCGACUUCGCCCUGGAGGCCCUGGCCAAGGCCACCUACGAGCGCCUCUUCCGCUGGCUGGUGCUGCGCCUCAACCGAGCUCUGGACCGCAGCCCCCGCCAGGGCGCCUCCUUCCUGGGCAUCCUGGACAUCGCGGGCUUCGAGAUCUUCCAGCUGAACUCCUUCGAGCAGCUCUGCAUCAACUACACCAACGAGAAGCUGCAGCAGCUCUUCAACCACACCAUGUUCGUGCUGGAACAGGAGGAGUACCAGCGCGAGGGCAUCCCCUGGACCUUCCUCGACUUCGGCCUGGACCUGCAGCCCUGCAUCGACCUCAUCGAACGCCCGGCCAACCCCCCCGGACUCCUGGCGCUGCUCGACGAGGAAUGCUGGUUCCCAAAGGCAACUGACAAGUCCUUUGUGGAGAAGGUGGCCCAGGAGCAAGGUGGCCACCCCAAGUUCCAGCGGCCGAGGCAACUGCGGGACCAGGCUGACUUUAGCGUCCUCCACUAUGCGGGCAAGGUCGACUACAAGGCCAAUGAAUGGCUGAUGAAAAACAUGGACCCUCUGAAUGACAACGUGGCGGCCCUGCUUCACCAAAGCACAGACCGGCUGACGGCCGAGAUCUGGAAAGAUGAACACGGGGGCUUCCAGCAGUUCUCUCUGCUCGGCUCCUUCUCACCGUCGCCCCCAGGAUCUGCAGAGAGGCUCAGCUCUGCUGUUUCCCCGUCAGGGGUGGAGGGCAUUGUGGGUCUGGAGCAAGUGAGCAGCCUUGGGGAUGGCCCACCAGGUGGUCGCCCCCGCCGAGGAAUGUUCCGGACGGUGGGCCAGCUCUACAAGGAGUCUCUGAGCCGCCUCAUGGCCACGCUCAGCAACACCAACCCGAGCUUCGUCCGCUGCAUCGUCCCCAACCACGAGAAGAGGGCUGGCAAGCUGGAGCCGCGGCUGGUGCUGGACCAGCUGCGUUGUAAUGGCGUCUUGGAGGGCAUUCGCAUCUGCCGCCAGGGCUUCCCCAACCGCAUCCUCUUCCAGGAGUUCCGACAGAGGUAUGAGAUCCUGACCCCCAACGCCAUCCCCAAGGGCUUCAUGGAUGGGAAGCAGGCUUGUGAGAAGAUGAUCCAGGCCCUGGAACUGGACCCCAACCUCUACCGCGUGGGCCAAAGUAAGAUCUUCUUCCGGGCCGGGGUCCUGGCCCAGCUGGAGGAGGAGCGGGACCUGAAGGUCACAGACAUCAUCGUGUCCUUCCAGGCGGCCGCCCGGGGAUACCUGGCGCGCAGAGCCUUCCAGAAGCGGCAGCAGCAGCAGAGCGCCCUGAGGGUGAUGCAGCGGAACUGUGCGGCCUACCUGAAGCUCAGGCAUUGGCAGUGGUGGCGGCUCUUCACCAAGGUGAAGCCGUUGCUACAGGUGACCAGGCAGGACGAGGUGCUGCAGGCACGUGCACAGGAGCUGCAGAAGGUGCAGGAGCAGCAGCAGCAGAGUGCACGCCAAGUAGGAGAGCUCCAGGACCGCCUGGCGCAGGUGGAGGAGGAACGGAGCCGCCUGGCAGAGCAGCUGCGGGCUGAGGCAGAGCUGUGCGCCGAGGCAGAGGAGACCCGAGGGCGGCUGGCUGCCCGCAAACAGGAGCUGGAGCUGGUGGUGUCCGAGCUGGAGGCCCGUGUGGGCGAGGAGGAGGAGUGCAGCCGCCAGCUGCAGAUGGAGAAGAAGAGGCUGCAGCAGCACAUACAGGAACUGGAGACCCACCUAGAGGCUGAGGAAGGGGCACGGCAGAAGCUGCAGCUGGAGAAGGUGACGACGGAGGCAAAGCUAAAGAAGUUUGAGGAGGGCCUGCUGCUUUUGGAAGAUCAGAACGCCAAACUGAGCAAGGAGCGGAAGCUGCUGGAGGACCGUCUGGCCGAGUUCUCAUCUCAGGCGGCCGAGGAGGAAGAGAAGGUGAAGAGCCUCAACAAGCUGCGGCUCAAGUACGAGGCCACCAUCGCAGACAUGGAAGACCGCCUGCGCAAGGAGGAGAAGGGCCGCCAGGAACUGGAGAAGCUCAAGCGGCGGCUGGACGGCGAGAGCUCGGAGCUGCAGGAGCAGAUGGUGGAGCAGCAGCAGCGGGCGGAGGAGCUGCGGGCCCAGCUGGGGCGCAAGGAGGAGGAGCUGCAGGCGGCCCUGGCCAGGGCAGAGGAAGAAAGCGGGGCGCGGGCCCAGCUGCUGAAAUCCCUGCGAGAAGCUCAGGCGGGAAUGGCCGAGGCCCAGGAGGACUUGGAGGCUGAGCGUGUGGCCAGGGCCAAGGCCGAGAAGCAGCGCCGGGACCUGGGCGAGGAACUGGAGGCGCUGAGGGGAGAGCUGGAGGACACGCUGGACUCCACCAACGCCCAGCAGGAGCUCCGGUCCAAGAGAGAACAGGAAGUGACGGAGCUGAAGAAGGCCCUGGAGGAGGAGGCGAGGACACACGAGGCUGCGGUGCAGGAGCUGAGGCAGCGCCACGGCCAGGCGCUGGGGGAAUUGGCGGAGCAGCUAGAACAGGCCCGGAGGGGCAAAGGUGCGUGGGAGAAGACGCGCAUGGUCCUGGAGGCCGAGGUGUCCGAGCUGCGGGCUGAGCUGAGCAGCCUGCAGGCCUCGCGGCAGGAAGGUGAACAGCGGAGGCGCCGGCUGGAGACGCAGCUGCAGGAGGUGCAGGGCCGGGCAGGCGACGGGGAACGGGCACGGGCAGAGGCUGCCGAGAAGCUGCAGCGAGCCCAGGCUGAGCUGGAGAACGUGUCUGCAGCCCUGAGUGAGGCCGAGUCCAAAGCCAUCAGGUUAAGCAAGGAGCUGAGCAGCACCGAGGCCCAGCUGCAUGAUGCCCAGGAACUGCUGCAGGAAGAGACCAGGGCGAAGCUGGCUUUGGGGUCCCGCGUGCGAGCCCUGGAGGGCGAGGCGGCCGGCCUGAGGGAGCAGCUGGAAGAGGAGGUGGCUGCCAAGGAGCGGGCGGGACGGGAGCUGCAGGCCUCCCAAGCCCAGCUCUCAGAAUGGCGGCGGCGCCAGGAGGAGGAAGCAGGGGCCCUGGAGGCAGGGGAGGAGGCCCGGCGGCGGGCAGCGCGAGAGGCCGAGGCUCUGGCCCAGCGCCUGGCUGAAAAGACGGAGGCCGUGGAGCGGCUGGAUCGGGGCCGCCGACGGCUGCAGCAGGAACUGGACGACGCCACCAUGGACUUGGAGCAGCAGCGGCAGCUCGUCAGCACGCUGGAGAAGAAGCAGCGUAAAUUUGACCAGCUCCUGGCCGAGGAGAAGGCGGCCGUGCUGCGGGCCGUGGAGGAGCGGGAGCGGGUCGAGGCCGAGGGCCGGGAGCGUGAGGCUCGCACGCUGGCCCUGACACAAGCCCUGACCGAGGAGCAGGAGGCCCGGGAGGAGCUGGAGCGGCAGAACCGGGCGCUGCGGGCCGAGAUGGACGCGCUCCUGAGCAGCAAGGACGACGUGGGCAAGAGCGUACACGAGCUGGAACGAGCCCGCCGGGUGGCCGAGCAGGCAGCCAGCGACCUGCGGACACAGGUGACGGAGCUGGAGGACGAGCUGACGGCUGCCGAGGACGCCAAGCUGCGCCUGGAGGUGACGGUACAGGCUCUGAAGGCCCAACACGAGCGGGACCUACAGGGCCGAGAUGACGCUGGUGAGGAGAGGCGGCGGCAGCUGGCCAAGCAGCUGAGGGACGCCGAGGUAGAACGCGAUGAAGAACGGAAGCAGAGGGCCCUGGCCGUGGCUGCCCGCAAAAAGCUGGAAGCGGAGCUGGAGGACCUGAAGGCUCAGACAGCGGCCGCUGGACAGGGCAAGGAGGACGCGGUGAAGCAGCUUCGCAAGAUGCAGGCCCAGAUGAAAGAGCUGUGGCGGGAAGUGGAGGAGGCCCGGACCUCCCGAGAGGAGAUCUUUGUCCAAAACAAAGAGAGUGAGAAGCGUCUCAAGUGGUUGGAAGCAGAGCUCCUGAGGCUGCAGGAGGAACUCGCUGCCUCAGACCGUGCCCGGCGACAGGCCCAGCAGGAGCGAGAUGAGAUGGCAGACGAGAUGGCCAGCGGCAACCUCAGCAAGGCAGCCAUCCUGGAGGAGAAGCGGCAGCUGGAGGGGCGCCUGGGAAAAAUGGAAGAGGAGCUGGAGGAAGAACAGAGCAAUGCAGAGCUGCUUAAUGACCGCUACCACAAGCUGCUCCUGCAGGUGGAGUCCCUGACCACAGAGCUGUCCGCUGAGCGCAGUUUCUCGGCCAAGGCAGAGAGCGGGCGGCAGCAGCUGGAGCGACAGAUGCAGGAGCUGCGAGGACGCCUGGGCGACGAGGACGCGGGAGCCCGAGCCCGUCAGAAGAUGCUCAUCGCCGCUCUCGAGUCCAAGUUGGCCCAGGUCGAGGAGCAGCUCGAACAGGAGUGCAGGGAGCGCAUCCUCUCAGGCAAGCUGGUUCGUAGAGCUGAAAAGAGGCUCAAAGAGGUCGUACUCCAGGUGGAGGAAGAGCGGCGGGUGGCUGAUCAGCUCCGGGACCAGUUGGAGAAGGGGAACCUCCGAGUGAAGCAGCUGAAGCGGCAGCUGGAGGAGGCGGAGGAGGAGGCUUCCCGGGCGCAGGCGGGCAAGCGGAGGCUGCAGCGGGAACUGGAAGAUGUCACCGAGUCGGCCGAGUCCAUGAACCGAGAGGUGGCCACGCUGAGGAACCGGCUACGACGUGGACCCCUCACCUUCACCACACGCACAGUGCGUCAGGUCUUCCGCCUGGAGGAGGGCGUGGCUUCGGAUGAAGAGGGCGAGGAGGCGGAGUCCGGGGCUGGGGCCCCGCCCCCGGAGGCCGAUGGGCCAGUGCAAGCCCCGCCCCAGUGA